AAUGUCAGAGGCAGUAUGGUUGUUAACCCAGGACUCCAUAUCUGUCAUGGACUUGGAUCAAAGUCAGCACUUUUUUGAAUAUUUUGUAUGGGGCACUUUGAAUCUUCAUUCUUUACUUCACUUGCCUGACUGUGUAAAAAGUUUGGAACCUUUCUGGGUACAUUCAUGCUUUGCAUUUGAAGAUGCUAAUAGAGAAUUACUCAAACUGUUCCAUGGCACACAGAGUGUUGACUUGCAAAUUGUAAAUUCAUUAAAUGUAAUUCAAUUAUUGCCAUCAUUGAUCAAAUCUGUACCAUUAGGAUCUGAAGCUGGUAAAUUUUUGAUAAGAAUGCACAACACUGAGAAAUUAAAGGUCACUCAGCACUUAGAUUUUGACACAUUUGCACUAGGUAAAAGCUAUUCGAAAAUAUUACCAAACGCUUUAUUACAACAAGUCGCAGAAAUACUUGGGGAAGUUCCUAAUCUUGUUUUUUUAGUAGAAUUAAAUUCAGAAGUCAAAUUAUUCAUUCGAAGGAGUAUACAAGAGUUUUUAAAAAAGGUCAAUGCUCCGUCUAAACUGAAAGGAUGUGAAGAUGUUGGCUUAUGGAGAAUGAGUUUGGUAAAUCAUAUGUAUUGGUGCUCCUUGUCAACUCGAAGUGGAGACAGGGAGAUGAUAGCAGCCAAAUGGAAAUCUAUAGCAAACCAUGUCCAGAAUAAACAUUCAGGUCUUGGUGAGCAGUUUCCAAAAUGUAGGCAUGGACCAUUGCAUGGAAGAGAGACAAAAAUAAUGGUUGAAACGAAGCCAGUUGACAUUAAAGUGCAGGGCAGAACCAGGACCGGAGGACAGUUUGCCAUUAAAUAUCCAAAAUAUAAAGGUGGUGAUUACAUUGUCAGACAAAUUAAUCAAGAUUGCACCUAUGGUUAUGUGGACGAGCUGUUACCGGAAAUGGAUUAG